CAACGACGCAAGGAGCCGGACUCACACAGGAGGCGAGUGCAGAAAAGGCCGAGGACUGUAAAGAGAGCCGUGGGGGGAAGUUUUAAUCUCGGGGCUUACCAAAUAUGAUAAACGCAGGGUAACGUUAAAAUGUAUGGACGAGCUCCAAGAGUGACCUCCAUGACAACAAGCGGCACUCCAUCUGCAGUUGGCCCCGGUUCAUAUGAUGUCACCGGGGGCGAUACUAAACUAUCAGAUGGCUAUGCUCCAUUCCUGUCCUUGACCAACAGACAGUCAAUAUUCAAUGAGUCCAGUGAGAUGAUACCAGCACCUGGACAGUAUGACUCCUCACCUGUCAAGCUAAACAUCCAUGGUGGCCGCAGUCUCCAGAACCGCUCCAAGCGGUUUGAGGACGUAGUGUCGGAGGUUCCAGGCCCCGGGGCCUACAAUGUGCUGCCUGCCUCAGGAAACAUGCUCAGGGCUGUGACGGCUAAAGCAGGACAGGCUCAGAAGCUUGGCAGGAAAAUGUGGCUGCAGGCUAAAAGUCUCCGACUGGUUCGUCAGUCAGAUAUCCCAUCCAUUCCUUCCCCGGGCCAAGCCCAUGGCUACGAGGAGGACGCCCUGGGUGUGCUCAGUAAGCAGCAGCCCCCUCCCAGGGACACAACCCUGGGGCCAGCCUACUACAAUCCACUGCUGUCAGAGAUGAGCUCUGCUCAGAAGUAUAAAGGAGUCCACUUUGGCAACAUGACAGGGAGGAGAGAUGAGGUGAAAGUGGAGGAGGGACCGGGUCCAGGACAAUAUGACCCUGAUACGAACGUAGAAACACGCUAUGAGAAUGUGAACCUUCAAAAGGAGCAGAAAGGCAGAGCUGAGUUUAUCAUCCCUCGGUACCACGAACUGGUGCCCAUGCAAGAGGAAAAGAAGGGAGUUCCUGGUCCGGGCCAGUACCACAUCAGAAGUCAGUUUGAGAAGCCUCUGAAGUCCAGUGGAAAGUUCACUUGCCCAUUCCUCUCUCAGACUGAGAGGUUUGGUCCUGUGAAGGAAGUGUCGCCCCCUGUUGGUGUAUAUAAUGAUCCCCGCUGUGCCCUGGAGCUGUUGAAGAAGACCACAGGAGUGAAGAAAAGUGCAUUUGGCAUCAGUGCAGUGCGCUUUACUCGUCACCACAAAAAAUGCUCCACACCAGGUCCAGGGUCCUAUAAUGUGUUUGAGCACGGUUUAGCCCAGGAGAGUUUUAAAAAGGCAUUUUUAGAGAGAACCAGGAAGGGAGGCUUUGGCUCCAUCGCUCAACGCAACUUCAUCUUCCACAACAAGGAAUCGAUAAAGGCCCCAAGUCCAGGACAGUAUGAGACAGAAAAGAAGACAGAGGAGCGCUACAAAAAGCAGCAGUCAGCGGUUUUCAAAUCAGCCACAGAACGUCUGGCAUUGUCACUACUGGCUAAAGAUUCCCCUCCACCCAACAGUUACAACGUGAGUCAGACAUUUGAGAAGGCUAAUGGCAGCUCUUACUUUAAACUCCGAACUGAAGGAGCAAAGAGACGUCAGAGUUCCUUCCUCUCUGCUGCACCGCGGGAUGAUUUCUUCCAGCCUUGUGAUCCAAGUGUACCAGGCCCUGGACAAUACAACCUCAGUGUGAAAUCCACCCCUCAAAUGGCUCUGAUCUCCUCCAGAGAAGAUCGAUUCAAAUUCUCCAUGAACACCAACCCUGGACCUGGCGCAUAUCAGCUGAGUCCAGGUAUCAUGAACACAGUAAUGAAGGGCACCUUCAAUGUGACGCUCAACAACCCUCUGGGUCCCUGCUUGGCCCCCUGUGUGGCCCCUGGCCCUUUAACGGCACACAAGACCAUUAACACUGUCGCACCCAGCACCUUCAUCGCCACCAGCACUUCUUAGAGCUCUUUGUGGGUCAAAGUUUAGAGGUGAAAGGCAGCAGUUUGGACGAAGACGGCUGGUCUUUAUUGUCACAAAGUGAAAUACCUACACUGAACUGUGCAUCUAUAGCUGAUCGUUCCCUCAUUUAUUCUCAGUAAUGACAAGCUAGACAGACUGAUUCAGCUGUUUUUGUGCAUGAGGUCCCUCUGUAUAAACCACUUUAUUAAUCAAUAACAAUAAAAAAGCUAUUAGUAUGAA